AUGACUUUCGUGUCUGUGUCAGACAUAAGAGAAUGCUGUGGGCCACAGGCAGUGCUUCUGGAUCUGAACUGUACAGUGAAGGAAAAGUUCAAUCAGUUAAGACUUAGGAUUCAGCUGCGUGCGUCCUCAAGGACUGUGCAAGAGACGAAUGAAGAGUUUAAGGCCAUGACGGGAACCAUUCACUCGGGGCGAAAACUAAUCCUGAAAUAUAAUCGGCGUGAACUGAGAAAACUGCUGAUCUUUUUAGCUCCUGCUCUGUUUCUGGCUACAGUGCUCUACAUCCUGAAAAAGAGACUCUUCCCCUUCAUUUAGUGGAAAAGAGAACUGUGUCAACUUAACACUGCUUUCCAUAAAUCAUACUGAUACAACCUGAAUGAGACACAGUUCUCGGAGCCAAUAGUUCUUUCCAAACGAGGGGUUUGUCAUCAUUUCACCACCCUAAAGAUGAUGACAAGAGGAUCAUGUGACACUGAAGACUACAGUAGUGAUGCUGAAAAUUCAGCUUUGAUCACAGGAAUAAAUUACAUUUUAAAAUGCAUUAUAACGAAACUGUAUUUGUGAUCAGAUAAGUUCAACCUUAAUUGGUGAGUUUAAGAGACUAGGAAUAAUUCUAAAUUGUGAUUUUCCCAAACUUUUGCUGCAGUCUCUCUAAUUGAUUGCUAUUCUAGUCAUUUCCUGAGCUGAAAACACCUGAUUUGACUUGACUACAGGAACCACUAGGGGGUGUACUGUCUCUUUUACUGUAAGAAAUGUCUGGUUGGGUCUUCAAAAGUAGGCGACUUUAUGAAGAACAGAUCAUUUUUGUCCCUUAUUCAUUUACAAAACCAUUUAAAAGUUAAUGAUUU